CGUCUCGCCGUGAUCUUGGUCGAAUCUUGCACCAUGAAUCAUCCUUCUGAGAAACAGCAACACAGCACAUCAUCUUCACUCACCACGACGCGUGUUGUUUUUCGACAACAGGACGGGGUAAACCUCUACUUGCUGUUUGAUGAAGCCCAGCUAGUCCUUUGCGUUCCCGCUGCUGCGCCAGGUUUUUGUGUGCCUG